AUGGUUGCCUUGAGAUUGAGGGGGGAGCCAAGCCCCUCGUCCUUGGCCUCCGGGGGUUCAGGCUCCAACGGGGCCAUCUGCACCCUCACGCUGGGAAUCUGCCAGCUCCGCCCUAAGUUGCCCCGCGUGCCCGAGGCCCGAGCCCCGCCCUGCGGCCCUCGAGGGCGGAAGGGCGGAGCGGAAGUGACGUCACCAACGGGCUCUUCCGGCUGGAAGUGCGAGGGCCGCGCGGGCCUCCGAGGAGGCGGCGCUCGCCGGGCCGAGAGGCCGCGCGGCGUCGGCGGCGACGGUGCGGCGAGGCACUUCCUCCGGCCGCCUCCCGAAACUGCGCUGGCCUCUUCCGACGCCGCCCCGCAGGCCUUGUGGACUCCCCCGGAGGAGAGCAGUUUGCCGCGGUGGGGUCAGGUGGGCGCGGGCCCGCGUCCUCCCGCUGCCCGGCCUGGCGCGUCCGCCGCGUCCGGUACAGGAUGUCAACUCCUUAAACCCAGCCUAAUCUCUUGGUUGGAGCAGGAAGAGUCAAGGAUAGUGGAAGGAGGAGUUCUUCAAGAAUGGAAACUGGGACUUAAAAUCAAAGGGGCUGCACAUCAGCAGGAUUUUUUGAGGGAACAGACCUUCAGUGAGAUACUCAUGGCAAGAAGCCACAGUGAAGGGGAACUCUGUGACUGUAAGCCAUGUGGCGAAUUCAUCAGUGGGCGUACUUGCUUUAAGUCAUAUGUGAGAAUGUAAAAUACAGGGACCACUGCUCAUUGUGAUCAACAUGGAAUAGUCUUCCUUUCUUUGCACAAGAGAACCUCUACUGAAGAAAAACUUUUUGUGUUGAAUCAGCGUAGCCAAACCUUCAGCUUGCCUCCCAAAGCUACUUACCAGAAAAUGUGCACUCAGGACAAACCCUUUGAACACAGUGACUGUGGGAGAGCUUUUGUUGAUCCACUGCACCUUCAGGCCCAUAGAAGCACUCACAAUGGAGGCAAACUCCAUGAACUGAGGGAAUACGGGAUGAAUUUCAUUCACUCCACCAGCCUUGCUGUGCAUAUACAGACACUCAGUGCAGAAAAAUCCUAUAAGUGUAAGGAAUGUGGAAAAGGCUUUAGAUAUUCUGCAUACCUAAAUAUUCACAUGGGAACCCAUAGUGGAGAUAACACCUAUGUAUGUAAGGAAUGUGGGAAAGCCUUCACCAGGUCUUGUCAGCUUACUCAACAUAGAAAAACUCAUGGAGAAAAACCUUAUAAAGGUACAGAAUGUGGGAAAGUUUUCACUGUUUCUUCUUGCUUAAGUCAACAGGCUAAAAUUCACAUGGAAAAGAAACCCUGUGAACGAAAGAAAUGUGGGACUGUUUUCAAAGAGUCUUCACAACUCACUGAACAUGUGAAAAACCACACUGCAGAGAAGCCCUCUGAAUGUAAGGUGUGUGGAAAAUCCUUCAGAAAUUCCUCAUGCCUUCAUGAUCACCUUCAAAUUCACACUGGAACAAAACCUUUCAAAUGUAAAGACUGUGGCAAAGCCUUCACAGAGCGUUCUGGCCUUAGGAAACAUUUACCAACUCACACUGGAGAGAAACCAUAUGACUGCAAGAAUUGUGGGAAAGCCUUUGCUAGAUCCUUCCGCCUCAGCGAACACAUAAGAACUCACACUGGAGAGAAGCCUUUUAUAUGUGUCAAAUGUGGGAAAGCAUUUGCUAUUUCCUCUAAUCUUAGUGGACAUUUGAGGAUUCACACUGGAGAGAAGCCCUUUGAGUGCAAGGAAUGUGGGAAAGCAUUUACACAUUCCUCCAGUCUUAACAAUCACAUGCGAACCCACAGUGCCAAAAAACCAUACAUGUGUCUACAGUGUGGGAAAACCUUCAAGUUUCCCACAUGUGUUACCCUUCACAUGAGAAUCCACACUGGAGAAAAACCUUAUGAAUGUAAGCAGUGUGGGAAAACCUUCAGAUAUUCUAAUUCAUUUCAAUUACAUGAAAGAACUCAUACUGGAGAGAAACCCUAUGAAUGUAAGGAGUGUGGGAAAGUCUUCAAUUCUUCCAGUUCCUUUCAGAAUCAUGAAUGAAGAUUCAUAUUUUGA